GCCCGCCCACGAUGGUCCUGAAGAGUGCCGCCCCCUCGCAAUGGUCCUAAAGAGUGCCGCCCCCUUCCAAUGGUGCCGCACCGUUCUACGCAGCCCCCCAUCACCCUACAAACCCCCGCAUCGCCCGGGCAAAGCGGCUGCUCUGGGCCAGGGCUGCGGGAAGGUGCUCGUGCAGGACUCUGCCCCUCCAGGCACCGAGGUGGGCUGUGCGUCCUGUGCUUGCACAAGUUGUCCUUUAAACUGCUGAGUUGUUUUAAUUCUUCACGUGGCUGUGAAGCCUUGCGUGUUUUGAAGCAUCCAGGGAGUAAAAAGAGUCAUCAGCUGUUGUGUGCUCUUCCUUCUGCCUGGGAAGAGGAGCUGAGCAGCACCAGGAGAGCUGCAGGUGAGAUGUGGGAAGAUUUCCCUCUUCUUCAGGUCAAGGAAAAGCACCAAGCUCCAAACUGUGAUCCUUCAUCCCGUGGUGGAUCGAGGCCUUUCAGGAAUGGUGAAUGGAAACGACUUUAUAGUCAUCCCAGCAACUGGUCUGUUCAAGUCCAAAAUUCCUCCUGGGAGAGAUCAUUUUGCAGGGACUACAUCAAAUGUCGUGCAGAUGAUCUGUCAUGUGAAUGUUUCAUGAGGAGGGACUCUAAUCUCAUUUCAUCACUUCGCAAGGAACCCCCCAAAGCUUCUUAG